AUGGAUAAAUACUGUGAUAGAAACAUUUUACUUAGGUCUGCAAGCUUUAUCUUUAAUAAAGUGAUUAAUGAUCCAAACUAUAACUUCUUCAACGAUGCUACAGCCAAAGCAGAGUUUGAAACUGAAUGGAACCAUCUAGUCUCAAAUCAGAUUGAUGAUGAAGAACAUUUCUUAGAGAAUAAUCGAACUAAAUUAGUCUUCUUGGUAUAUAAUUAUCAUGUCUUAGUUCCAGGUAAACAUUUCAAUAAGCUUUCGAAAUGUUAUCUUUAUAGUGAACAAUUCUAUCUUGAUUUUGAUAGAUUAUCUCUGCUAAGUGGUAUUUUAUUUGAUGCGUUAUAUCAAACAUUCACUGGACCAACUGAUAGUAAUCCAGCAAUAUGUCGUUGUAUCGGGCAACUAUAUAACUUGUCAUUAAUAAUGGCUAUGCCUUUAGUACCUACAACGUAUCCGAUACUAGAAUCUUCAAGUGAGAUGAUUCCCUUUUCAAGAAUUAUGAAAUUUUACUUUGAGCUUAAUCCAAAAGUUACCCUCAUAAAUGAUGAUUAUAUCAAUCGAUUAAUUCAUAGAUUUGUAGUUGAUAAAGCCCUUUUAGGGAAAUGGGGAACAAUUCAUCAAACGAAUGAAAAACAAAUACUUCAAGAAAUGGAUGAAUUACAAUUUUCAAGAUAUAUAUGCCUGAAUAUCUUACUUCCUAUACAAAGUAUUCUCCUUAAAAAGUUUAAUUAUGCGGAAGUACUUAAUGCAUCUGAAUUGUACGUAGAUGUAUCAGAAUUCAGCAUUAGAGUUCGAAAGAGCCGUGGAUACUUAAAAGUGCCAAUUGAAAUUCAAGAGUCUGAUAUAUCAAUAGCAUUCAACAAUCAAGAUUCUGUCAAAUGGAAACAUAUAAUGAAUAGAAUUUUAUACGUGAUGUUAGCUUAUAAAUCGAAAUUAGGAUUUGUGAUAGGCGUUGAUUGUUUAUUAAUUGUUCAAAUAGAUGAAACCCCAGACUUGUUCAGAUUAGAUGGGACACAAGCUUAUCUGAUUAAUUGUCAUACAAGAUGUAUCAAGAAUGAUGAUAUGAAGUAUUCCAUACCUUUAUUAUUAAUAAUUUUUUUGGUAGAUUAUUUCCAGAACGUCAAAGAAUCUGAUCAGAAUUCGAUGAGUCUUUUAUUUAACAAUUUAAAAAGGGAUGGAACUGAUUAUAUCAGUGAAGACUUGCAAACGACUAUGAUCAUAUGA